AUGGAUGAGCCUCCAUCUGUGUUGGAAGUGGAAGUUUGUGAUUUUGACGGACCCUUUGGCGAACCUCAAUCUCUAGGACAUGCGGAAAUCAACUUCCUUAAAACAAACAUAUCAGAUCUUGCUGAUUUAUGGGUGUCUCUUGAAGGAAAGUUAGCUCUAGCAUGCCACACUAAAGUGCACUUAAGAAUUUUCUUGGACAACACUAGAGGUGGGAAUGUCGUAAAACACUAUAUAAGUAAAAUGGAGAAAGAAGUGGGGAAGAAGAUUAGUUUGCGAUCUCCUCAAACAAAUUCAGCCUUUCAGAAACUCUUUGGACUUCCACCCGAGGAAUUUCUCAUCAAUGAUUUCACCUGUCAUUUGAAAAUAAAAAUGCCCCUACAGGGUCGUAUAUUUGUUUCAGCAAGAAUAAUGGGAUUUCAUGCAAAUUUGUUUAGACACAAGACAAAAUUCUUUUUGCCUUGGGAAGACAUAGAAGACAUACAGGGAGAGGCGUGGAUGCAAAACACGGUGCAAAAACGCAAGAUGAACAAGGCAGACUCAAGUUCCAUUUCCAAUCUUUUUGUGUCUUUCAAUGUCGCCAAUAGGACUAUCAUGGCACUCUGGAAGGCCAGAUCUUUGAGUAUUGAACAAAAGGUCCAAUUAGUUGAAGACGAUCCUGAAAACGAAAGUGUUACUAGCGAAGAGAGUGUAACAUUAAUUGGCAGCGGUGACGUUACUAUGUCUGAAGUUCAAUGUUGUUCUCUUCAAGUUCCUGUGAGUUGGACUGUAGGAUCAUGGAAAAAUCUGGUUGUGCUAGUUAUUCUUAUACCCCUUGGGUAUCCGAGGACAACAAUGUCUAUGAAAGGGCGGCCCAAUAGCUCCUUUGCGUUUCCUGAUGGACUUCUUAUCAAUGGUCAAGCUCAUACAACCAUAAACGGUGAUCAAGGGAAGACUUACAUGAUUAGGAUCUCAAAUGUGGGAAUGUCAACAUCAAUUAACUUCAGAAUUCAAGGACAUGCCCUCAAACUAGUCGAGGUGGAAGGAUCACAUGUUAUUCAGAACAUGUAUGACUCACUUGAUGUUCAUGUUGGUCAAUCCGCUGCGGUUUUGGUUACCUUAAAUCAAUCUCCAAAGGACUAUUACAUUGUCGCCUCAACAAGAUUUUCCAGAAGGAUUCUCACAGCAACUGCUGUGUUGCAUUAUACAAACUCUCACUCUCCGGCUUCUGGUCCUUUGCCUACUCCUCCGGCUUACCAAUAUCAUUGGUCUUUGAUCCAAGCAAGAAGCUUCAGAUGGAAUCUAACAGCAAAUGCAGCAAGGCCUAAUCCACAGGGAUCAUACCAUUAUGGAAAAAUAACUCCUACAAUGACAAUAAUAUUGGCAAAUUCAGCUCCUUUCAUUAACGGAAAACAACGUUACGCUGUUAACAAAGUUUCCUAUGUUAAUCCUGAUACACCUCUCAAACUUGCUGAUUACUUCAACAUUCCUGGAAUUUUCAGUGUGAACUCAAUCCAAAGCCUUCCUUCUAAUGCUCCUGCAUCUGUAGCUACCUCAGUACUUCCAACUUCUCUUCAUGAUUUUAUUGAGUUAGUUUUUCAGAACAAUGAAAAUAGCAUGCAAUCUUGGCAUCUUGAUGGUUAUGAUUUUUGGGUUGUUGGUUAUGGGUUCGGACAAUGGAUUCCAGCCAAAAGAAGAAACUAUAAUCUAGUUGAUGCUUUGACUAGGCACACUGUGCAGGGGAGACAGAGACAACCUAUGAAAGUGCUGCGGCCUGUGGCCAGAGGCAACAAAGAAGCAUAA